GCCCCGACCAUGUCACUCGAUGUUGCCACACCAACAACAUCUACAUCAUCUCUCUGUUUUUUUCGACUCUGAAAAAAGGGAAACGGACAGAGGUCAAUAUAAUUGUGUGAUACAGUGUGACCAGACACAGGAGCCAAAAAUGUCUGAUGAGGAUGAAGCUCCACUGGUGAAGAAAACCAGGAUCUUCUAUGGCAGUUUAGAGGAGAAGGAGAGGGAGAGGCUGGGGCGAGAGGCCUCUGGGUCAGGCAAAGAUUCGGUCAAAGCAGGCAUCGAGGCUGGGAACAUCAACAUUUCCAGUGGUGAGUCACUGGAGCUUGAGGAACGUGUGAGUGAGCGCCAGUCUGAGGUAUUGGCUGAAUUUGAGCGCAGAAAGAGAGCAAGACAGAUCACAGUAUCCACUGAUGCUGCGGAGGUCAAAGCUUGCUUACGGGCCCUAAGUGAGCCCAUCACACUGUUUGGGGAGGGGCCUGCAGAGAGACGAGAGCGGUUGAGGAAUAUCCUUUCCGUUGUGGGUCCAGAUGCCCUGAAGAAAUCUAAGAAGGACGAUGACAAAUCCAAACGUUCCCAAGAGGAGUGUCAGCAGACAUGGUACCAUGAGGGACCAUCCACUCUGAAAGAAGCUCGGCUCUGGUUGGCCAAAUACUCUCUGCCCAGGGCCAUGAAGAGGUUAGAAAUCACCAAAGCUAACAGAGAGAUCCCAGAAUCUACACGAACAGUGCGAACACAAGAACUUCACAAAACCCUUAGGAACCUUAAUAACUUCUGCAGUCAAAUCGGUGAUGACCGGCCUAUUUCAUUCUGCCAGUUUAGCCCGAACUCCAAAAUGUUGGUGACUGCAUCUUGGAGUGGCCUGUGCAAACUGUGGAAUGUUCCUGACUGCACCCUUGUCCGUACUCUUCGGGGCCACAACACCCACGUAGGGGCCAUCUGUUUUCAUCCUCAGGCCACCGUGACUCUGGAAGACUCUGAUGUCAACAUGGCCUCCUGUGCUGCGGACGGCUCUGUUAAACUCUGGAGUUUGGACAGUGAUGAGCCUGUGGCUGACAUCGAGGGUCACUCUAUGAGGGUUGCACGAGUUGCCUGGCACCCCUCUGGACGAUUCCUGGGCACCACCUGUUAUGAUAACUCAUGGAGGCUGUGGGACCUGGAGGCCCAGGAGGAGAUCCUACACCAGGAGGGUCACAGUAAAGGAGUACAUGACCUGCACUUCCACCCUGAUGGGUCUUUGGCCGGCACUGGUGGUCUGGAUUCAUUUGGCCGUGUUUGGGAUCUUCGUACCGGGCGCUGUGUGAUGUUCCUGGAGGGCCAUCUUAAAGAGAUCUACAGCAUUGCCUUCUCUCCCAACGGCUACCACGCAGCAACAGGCAGUGGGGACAACACCUGUAAGGUAUGGGAUCUGCGUCACAGGAAGUGCAUCUAUACCAUCCCCUCCCAUCAGAACCUGGUGUCCUCUGUCAAAUUCCAACCCAAUGAUGGUCACUUCCUCCUGACUGGGGCCUAUGACAACACAGCCAAGGUGUGGACCCAUCCGGGCUGGUCCCCACUAAAGACCCUGGCCGGUCACGAAGGCAAAGUGAUGGGAGUGGAUAUGUCUCCUGACGGACAGCUCAUUGCCACUUGCUCUUAUGACCGUACCUUCAAGCUCUGGAUGUCAGAGUGAUGAGGGGACAUACUACCACACAUAGAAAUAGGAUGUUUUGUUUUAAUACCACCUGUUCCGCCAUAUGAAUAUUAUUAAAUAGAAUAAAAACUCUAUUUCUAUGGUAAUACCUAAAUGUCAUCCCAUGCAAGUAGAAGACCGGUUAUCCUAGAGCUGCAGAGAUUUGUUUUGUCACAAUUAAUGCUUGAAUUGUUUCAGCAUCCUGAAUAUUCAGAAUUGGACA